CCGGCACGAUGCGCGUGGUGGUGAUUGGAGCCGGGGUCAUUGGGCUGUCCACUGCCCUGUGCAUCCACGAGCGCUACCAUUCGGUCCUGCCAUCGCUGGACGUCAGGGUCUAUGCAGACCGCUUCACCCCGUUCACCAACAGCAACGUGGCUGCCGGCCUCUGUCAGGCCUACCUCUCGGACCCCAGCAACCCACAGGAAGUACAUUGGAACCAGCAGACCUUUGACUAUCUCCUGAGCCACAUCCAUUCUCCCAAUGCUGCAAACAUGGGCCUGGCCCUGAUCUCAGGCUACAACCUCUUCCGUGAAGAUUUUCCGGAUCCAUUCUGGAAGGACACAGUUCUGGGAUUUCGGAAGCUGACCUGCAGAGAGUUGGACAUGUUCCCUGAUUACAGCUAUGGCUGGUUCAACACAAGCCUGAUUGUGGAGGGGAGGAGGUAUCUACCAUGGCUGACUGAAAGGUUAACUGAGAGGGGAGUGAAAUUCUUCCAGCAGAAAGUGGAGUCUUUUGAGGAGGUGGCAAGAGGAGGUGCUGACGUGAUUAUCAACUGCACUGGGGUGUGGGCUGGGGCAUUGCAACCAGACCCUCUACUGAAACCAGGCCGGGGACAAAUCAUUAAG